AUGCCACGCGGGACGGACCCCAAGCCGCCCAACCAGCUCGAGAAGGACAAGCCCAAGACCCGGCCGCCCAAGGACGCGACGACGCUUCCAUCGCCAAAGCCCCGCAAGCAUGUACGGCCGCGCACCGAGUCGCCUGCAGCCGUCAUGCCCAUGGGCGAGAAGCGCAAGGUCGACGUCGCGGCCAAGGUGCCUGCCCACAUGGGUAGCAUCACGUUCGAGGCUGACAUGCCGGGUGGCAACGGCGGCAUGGAGCUCGAGAUUCUCAAGGCGAUCAUUUUGCGCGAAGACUAUGUGGCGCGGCUUCUCGAGAUGAGUCAGAGCGACGCGCCGCAUGCGCUCAUCGGCGCCAUGGCCAACACCCUCGACCUGCUUCGCAUCACGACGGUCGAGGUCGUCGAGGCGAUUGUGCAGUGGCGCAAGCAGCAGCAAAAACAUGUCCCGUUCAAGUGGAAUGGGAUCAACUACCUUCUCAAACUACCGACGGAUCUCAAUUUCCUCCAGCAGUGCGACGUCAUGGUGCGCUGGCUCGGCUUCUCGAUGGAGCGCAACCCGUUCAUUAUGCCCGACAACCUCGACAAGCGCGGCGAUGACACCAGGCCGUUUACCCCGCCACCGACGAUACCUGCCGUCGACACCUUUCUCGAAGUCGGCGGCAUCCCGGUCUCCCCACUACGCCCGUUGCGAUCAUCCCAAGCCGUCGCCGCUCGCCCACCCAAGCUCCGGUCGGCGUACGAGACGCGCGUCAUCAACGACGAAGAGCUCGUGCCGCGACAGCUCACGAGCGCCGACGCCAAUGCGAGUAGCACUCCGUCCGUGCGGUCGCGGGCCACAUACGUGUUGCCGAGCCAGAUUGGCAACCUCGACGUCUUGCGCAUCCGCGAAGCAGAAAAAAUCGUCUUGGCCGAGGAAGAGCUCUGCGGCCGGUAUGCACGGGACCUUUACGGACGCAUCGUGCCCGAGGCAAUCGCCAAGCAGCAAGUAAAGACCGUCGCCAUCCAACGCGCGCACGCAGCAUCGACCCGGGAGCUGCAAGACACCUCUACCAUCGAGGUGCACGAGCCGACAGUGGACGCACCGCGGCAACCACGUCCCACCGAACUGCGCAAGUCCGCGACAGUUCCCUCAAGCGCGCAAGUGGUCGACACGACCAAGCUCAAGCAAGCUGGCACGCUCGCACCAACCACAAAGCUCGCCAUGGAGAACCGUAUUCGGUACCCGAUGCAGCGGUCGCGCGGCGCUCGGAUGGAGCAGGACCUCGAGCAAGCACGCGUGGCCAACGCCCAGCUCGAGCAGCACAUUGCCCAUCUCCGGGACACGAUUGCAACCGAAGAAGCGGCGCUGGCGCUGGCGGCGUCGUCGACGUCGCUGCCAACCCCAACACUCGAGAUGCUCCGACGCGACUUGCAAGCCCAAGUCGACCUCUUUGCGCGCAAGGCGACCGAGAUCACGCGCAAGCAGCAAGCUAUGGAAACGUUCAAGUUGGCGCAAAAAUCGGCGGCUGAGACACAGCGCCAAGCCGAGCUCCUUCGCCGUCGCCACAUGGACGAAGCGCUCUUAGCGCUCGAGCGCACCAAGCUCGUCGAAGUGGCGUCCGCGACGCACAUCCAGCGCAUUAUCCGAGGCAUCCUCACGCGGCAAAUGUACAAGACGGUGCGCAUUCGAUUUACGAUUGCGAGCACGUACAUCCAAGCGGCUGUCCGCGGCUUCCUCGCACGGCGCCGUGUGCAUCGGCUCUAUGUGCGGCACAAGUCAGCGAUUCGUAUCCAGUGCGCGGCGCGCGGCCGCCUCGCUCGGAACGCCACGCGCCUCGAGCGCUUGCACCAGCAGCAGCACAAGGCAGCGAUCAAGAUUCAAAAACAGUUCGCGGCAAACCGGCGCAUGGUGGAAAUUGCGCACCGCCUUUUUGAGUUUGAGCUUGUGGCCAUGGGCGCCGCGCUCUGCGCAUACGCCAAGUUUCCCACGUCGCCGUACACGAUCAAGCCGACGUACAUGCUACUGGGCGUCGUGCGCUUGGUCCAGUCGAUCUGUCUUUCGUGCAUGACCGUGGAAGACCGGGAUGCCAUGUCGACGCCCGUCCAUGAGAUGCGCUGGAUGGAAGCCGGGCAGUACCUUCGCCGCGCGGCGCGCCUUCUUCGCUACCUCACGACCAUCUCGGCAGCCGCCGCGCGACGCACAAUUGCGCUUCUGCCGGAAACGCGCACGCUGCUGGAAGCUCACAAGAACGACGUCAACUUUUGCACCGAGCACUUGGCGUCGGCGGCAUUAGGUACCGUCGAUGCACGCGAGUUGGAGCGGCCGUCGACGUUGCUCUUGGAAUGGAUCACGCACCUCGAUGUCGUUCAGCGUGUCCAGAGCACGUUCUUGACCGCGACGCCUGUCUGCACGCUGGAUCUACUGCAGUACAAAGCCGACGACCGCGCCGAAGAUGCCAAGUGCGCGCUGGAAGACUACCACAGCGAACGCCAGUUUGUGCCACUGGGCCUCAUUCAAGACUGCCCCAAGCGCACGCGACCGAUCUUGCUUGUGCUCUCGCGCGAGCUGCCCGGCCACGCCAAAGAGAUUCUAGUCGCGCAAACCAUGGCCGCGUUUCCAGGUCUCUUUCUUCGCAUCAACAGCCACGACCCGAUCCAGCUGGCGACGAUGCAGCCUGCGUUCGAUGCUGGCUACAGCGUUCUCUUGGACGCGGACAUUGGGCUCAGCAUCGGGCAGCAGCGCACCUUCUUGGGCCAGUUUGCCAUCGUGUUGCGGGCACUGCGCCCGACGCCGCUCUCGAUCUUGCUGAAAGGCUCGCUUUCGAACCGCGCGGGCUUGGGCCAUACCCCGGGUACGUACGGUAUCUCCGAGCAAGACGCCGCCGCCAUGGUCGACGGCGACGCGAAGCACCAAAUCCAACUGGCGGCCGAUGGACUGUAUGCGCUCACGAGCGGCCGUUUGGACCACGAAAUGGUCGCGGUGAGCUUGAUGGAUCGUCCGCCCGUCGCGAUCGUGCUCGUGAUGGAAGCGACGCUCAUCUUGCUCACGCCGUCGCAGCGCUUUGUCUCGCCCGCCAACACGACGUCGACCGUCACGUGGCGCUUGAGCCGGCGGCUCUUGAGUGCGCCAGCGACCUUUACCGCGAUGCUGGAAGCGCUCGACGUCGAAGACAUUCCAUACGAAAACGUCGCCGUGCUGCGCGAGUACCUCGACUUGGCCGAGUGGCCCGUCCACAACGACUCGACGGGCACGCUCCUCUUCCGCCUCGCGCUCUUUGUCCGCGCAGUGACACUCUAUGCGCUGGCGAUCCAGAGCCGUGGCGGCGCGGCCGACGUUGUGACGCGCACCAAGCCGAUUCCUGGCCUCUUUAGCAACGUCAUCACGAUCACCGACCCGGUGGACGAAGACGACUGGUCGCACAAGGACGCGAUGGCGCAGAUCACGAGUGCGAUUCUGCAAGACGUGCGCGUGCACCGGCAGUCGGUCAAGAUUGGCGACCGGUACCACGUGGUGUCGCUGUACCGCGACUGCCAUCGCGUUUACGUGACCGUGUACGACCCGCUCACGUCCCAUCUGCUCCGCACCGAGAUACCAGAGACCUUUAUGAAUACGCUCUUGGCGCCCAACUCGUUUGAAGCGGCUCAAAACAAACAAGCGCCGUCGACACCACUGGAACUCUACCAGCGCGUUGUGGGCUUUACCACGCUCGCCAAGCCCAAGGGCAUCAACAUGCAGCCGAUCGUCGAGCUCCGGCCCCACGCGGUGCGGUUGAAGAAAGUCGGCCGGCACAUCCACGGCCACUUUGCCUCGAUUGUCGUUUCGGAGGUUGCGCUCGGCCACGUUCGCUUAGAUGUCUUUGUCCAUGAUGCUUGGAGUGCCGGGCGACUCGCGUGGACACUAGACGUCGAUGACGCUUGCUUGCAGCAGCUCAAGCUCGACGCGUCCGACCCACUCGAGCUGCAGGCCUACCAAGACAUGAACGUCCAGGCGAUGUACCAGUAUGUUCUCGACCGCGUUCACAUUGAAGUGUCCGAGCUCUCCAAGCCCGUGCUACACCACAUCAGCCACCGUGUUCCUCGCAACAUGAUCGCAACGCCGCAUGACUUGCGCGUGCGUAUCCGCAAGCACGGCGGCUCUGGGCGCCUCCUCCUUCGCACCACGAUGCAGCUGCGUCCUCAAGCGCUGCGCUGGGUGGUCUCUGUGUUUGACAUUUCCAUGACCGAGACGCUGCGGAUUGAAGCCUACCGCCCCGACACAUGCACCAAACGGUCCGUGCUCGUCUCGUCGCGUGAGCGCCACGAACUGCUGCUGUCGUCGCGACGCGUGGUGUCGACUCGCGCUCUCUCCCCGCUCUGGCUGCAACACAUCCUGUCGCAUUUGGUCAUGUCGACCGACGACGCAUUGGCACUGGAUCUGGACAUGACGACCACGGGCUUUUACCUGCCAUUGCACCCCGACCAUUCCAAGCUGGCGCGCAAGCCCGGCAUCAAGGUCAUUGUGACCGCCAAGCUCUGCGCAAUGACUUCCGCGUACGGCCUCUCGCUCCACAUCUACUUUCCCACCACAAGUACGACGCACGAACUGCGUCUCGCCGAUGCGCAAAUCCAGUCGGCGAUCUCGCUACCAUGGCCAAGUGCCACGGCGAAGGACCGCCGACGCGUCGUCUACGCGCUUCUCGGGCUCUGUGCGUACGACACGGACGAGCGCGUCGUGCGGCUCACGUCGCCGUCGGGCUUUGUCGAGUACGCGGCGCAGAUUCGGCCCGCGCCAAGUGCGGUACAGUCGGCGGCAACGACGUCGGCGCCAGUCGUCGACACGCGCCCGGUCGACGCCGCACCGAUCGACCGCCCACUGGUGCUGGUGUACGAUGCGCCGGUCCACGUGCACGCGAGCUCGCACCGGUGCAAUGGCACGCUCUUGCGGGUCGAUGUCACCAUGACGGCGUAUCUCAAGCCAGUGCGUGAGCCCAACAAACCGGGGCUGCCCGAUAUCCUUCGCGACGCCGACUGGUUUGACAUGGCCCUUUCGUUUUACCACCCCGACUCAAGCACGAACUGUGAGGCGCACAUUGAUGGUCUCCACGACCUGCGCGAGGUCGUCGGGCCGGACGCCCAGGAGCUCGUUGGCUCGGCGACGCUGCCCGAGCUGAUGCGACAUAUCGUCAUGCACCGCCUCGACCGCACGCUCUCUCCUGACGCCCUGCGCGUCGAGUUUGUCCGGUCGCGCAUGUUUACGCAUCACAAGGCAACCCCCGUGAACGCUGCGAUGGACGCCGAUGCAUUUGCCCAAGACGGCCACCUCAUUAAGGACGCCGACGCCCGAGGCAUGAAACUCCUCUCGCAAGUCAAGCACCUGCGCCAGCACGCGGUCAUUUGCACCGUCUUUGACGUGACGCCGGCCAAUGCGACGCGAGAGUCGGGCCUGGCCCUGCGCGUCGACGGGUACGUUGCAGCCAGCAGCCAGCAGCUCUCCAUGUGGAUCAACGGCGCGGCGCUGCGCGAGGCCAUUGGCCCCGACGUGCAUCUAUGGCGCGAAGAGCAGGCGCAGAGCUUGGCCGCGCACGUUGUCAACCUCUUGGACGUCGAAGUGCAUGGCGACAAGAUCUACCGGCUGUAUGUCAAGGAAGUGAUCGCGCCGCUUCGCCGCUCAAGCGACAAGUCGCGCAAAGCGCCGUGCUUGUUCAAAGCGAUUCGAACGGUCGGAGGGCAGCGCUUGCUUCUCGGCGUCUACGACACGCAGAGCUCGACGCCCGAGACACCCCUCCGCGUGGACGUGUACCAGCCGUCGUCGUCGCUCUCGACGUCGUUUGCCGUGCCGUUGACGCGGUUGAGCACGUCGAUCGCGCGAGGAUCCGAGUGGGAUGCGCGGGCGAUGACCAAGGACGACCUCCACGCGGCGCUCGACGAGAUGCUUUCGUACUUGCACGUGACGCACGUCGAGUUGGAGUGCGGCACGAACCUCUUUGUCGAGUGGGCCAGCGUAACUUCUUAA